UUGCGUAACAAAAAUUUAAAUUUCUUCUUGAAUUUUCAACAAAAAUUUCAGAACGUCCUCCUUCCUCAUCAUCUCAUCUUUUCAACAAAGAAAAUUUUGAUCGCCAUGACUACUGGAACCAUUUCAGCUCAACAUUCCGAAGACAUUGCUUUUGCUCGUGCACUUCACGGUGAAAAGAUUAAGACUGGUCUUUUGGCCAAUCUAAAGUCAAAAAACGCGGACGUGCACAACGUUGCUACAGACACAUAUCUCAAGAUGUGGAAAAACCCCGAGGUUGAAACCAAAGAAGACGAGGAUAAGAGAUUGAACAGUUAUACAUCACUUGUAAACUCAUAUUACAAUUUGGCAACCGACUUUUAUGAAUAUGGUUGGGGCUCCAGCUUCCAUUUCUGCCGUUUCCAUAUUGGUGAAGAGUUUUUCCGUGCUAUUGCUCGUCAUGAACACUAUUUAGCUGCUAAUACUGAAAUUAAAAGCAAUAUGCGUGUUCUUGAUGUUGGUUGUGGUGUUGGUGGACCUGCCCGUGAGAUUGCUCAUUUCACAGGCGCACAUGUCACUGGUUUGAAUAAUAACGCUUAUCAAGUGCAAAGAGCUACUCAUUACGCUGCUAAGGAGUUGUUACAAGAUCAAACUGAAUUCGUCAAGGGUAACUUUAUGGAGAUGCCUUUUGAAGAUAACACUUUUGAUGCAGUAUAUGCUAUUGAAGCUACUUGCCACGCACCUGUUUUCGAAGGCGUCUAUGGUGAAAUUUUCCGUGUUUUGAAACCAGGAGGAAGCUUUGGUUGUUACGAAUGGUGUAUGACCGAACAUUUUGAUGAAAACAAUCCUCAACAUAGAGAAAUUGCUCACAAUAUUGAAAUCGGUAACGGUAUUCCCAAAAUGCGCAAAACAUCUGAGUGUCUUCAAGCUUUAAAGAACGUUGGUUUUGAUGUUGUUAUGGAACAGGAUCUUGCUAAUAUGGGUGAUAGCGUGAAAUGGUACUAUCCUUUAGAAGGUGAUCUCCGUAAAUGUCAAACCAUGAGAGACGUUUUGACAACGCUUGCUAUGACGAAGGUUGGUCGUUUUACCACCACGAACUUUGUUCGCGUUUUAGAAAAGAUUGGGUUGGCACCAAAGGGUACUGUGGAAACUCAGAAGUUUUUGGAAACUGCUGCAGAUGCAUUGGUGGCUGGUGCGCAACAGAACUUGUUUACGCCUAUGUUCUUCUUCGUUGCUAAGAAGCCUGAGUAAUCAAAGAACACCUAAAGCUAACUAAAACUACUUUUUACUUCUUUAAUUUCCUUCUUCAUUAUUCAUAUUCAUCCCUUCAUGAAAAGAGCGCUUGAUAUAAUGUUCAGACAAUCCUACAUACUUAUAUUUAUUUGUCGCAGUAACGAGAGAAAAGCUAUAUCCUUUUUUUUUAAUAGAAUGAUAGUUUUGUUUCAUAUUGGGU